AUGGCGGACACCUUUGGUGACGAUUUGUUCAGCGUGUUUGACGACGAACAGACGAGCUCCAGCAAAAAAACAGUCACAAAGUCUGGACCUCAAGAAGGGAAAUCAGCAAGCAAACAAGAAAAAGCAAAAGAUGAAUCUCCAGCUGCAGCAAGGGGUAAACGAGAUAUUGACAAUGACGGAGCAGAAGAAGUGGUGUUUGGCAAAAAGCCAAAGCUGGAAACAGUUUCAACUGAAGAAAUUAAUCUCACAGAUCUCAUGCCCAAAGUGAAAGUGGAGCAGGUGGAGACAGUGGAAGGUUGUACACAUGAGGUGGCUCUCCCAGCUGAUGAGCAGUAUACACAGCUGAAGCCACGAGUGGGGAAAGCAGCUAAAGAAUACCCAUUUGUACUAGAUCCCUUCCAGCGUGAAGCCAUUCUUUGCAUUGACAACAACCAGUCUGUGCUUGUGUCUGCUCACACCUCAGCAGGAAAGACUGUGUGUGCUGAGUAUGCGAUUGCUCUAGCGUUGAGAGACAAACAGAGGGUCAUCUUCACCAGCCCUAUCAAAGCCCUCAGUAAUCAGAAGUACAGAGAAAUGUAUGAAGAGUUUCAAGAUGUGGGUCUGAUGACUGGUGAUGUCACUAUCAACCCAACAGCCUCCUGCCUGGUCAUGACAACUGAGAUUUUGAGGAGUAUGUUAUACAGAGGCUCUGAGGUCAUGAGAGAGGUCGCGUGGGUCAUCUUUGAUGAGAUCCAUUACAUGAGGGACUCAGAACGUGGUGUUGUCUGGGAGGAAACCAUCAUUCUGUUGCCUGACAAUGUGCACUAUGUUUUCCUGUCUGCCACUAUCCCUAAUGCCCGACAGUUUGCAGAAUGGAUCUGUCACCUCCAUAAACAGCCAUGUCAUGUGGUAUACACAGACUACCGCCCCACUCCGCUGCAGCACUACAUCUUCCCAGCAGGGGGCGAUGGACUUCACCUUGUGGUGGAUGAAAAUGGGGAUUUCAGGGAGGACAACUUUAACACAGCCAUGCAGGUUCUCAGGGAUGCUGGAGACUCAGGGGGCAGCAGUGGAGGGAAAUGGGACCCCAAAGGCAGAAAAGGAGGAACUAAAGGCCAGUCGAACGUGUUUAAGAUCGUCAAGAUGAUCAUGGAGAGGAACUUCCAGCCGGUCAUCAUCUUCAGCUUUAGCAAGAAGGAAUGUGAGGCCUACGCACUGCAGGUUUCAAAACUGGACUUCAACACAGAUGAGGAGAAGAAGCUUGUAGAGGAAGUUUUCAACAAUGCUAUUGACUGUCUCUCUGAUGAGGACAAAAAACUACCACAGGUGGAGCAUGUCCUGCCUUUACUGAAAAGAGGUAUUGGAAUCCAUCAUGGUGGACUGUUGCCCAUCCUUAAGGAGACCAUUGAGAUCCUCUUCUCUGAAGGCCUUCUCAAGGCCUUGUUUGCCACUGAGACGUUUGCCAUGGGGAUCAACAUGCCAGCACGAACUGUGCUCUUCACCAGUGCGCGCAAGUUUGACGGCAAAGACUUCCGCUGGAUUUCCUCUGGAGAGUAUAUCCAGAUGUCGGGGCGAGCAGGCAGGAGAGGAAUGGACGAAAGAGGCAUCGUCAUCUUCAUGGUAGACGAGAAGAUGAGUCCGGCAGUAGGGAAACAGCUCCUGAAGGGCUCUGCUGACCCAUUGAACAGCGCGUUCCAUCUGACGUACAACAUGGUUUUGAACCUGCUGCGAGUGGAGGAGAUCAACCCUGAGUACAUGCUGGAGAAAUCCUUCUAUCAGUUCCAGCACUACAGGGCCGUGCCUGGGGUUGUAGAGAAGAUGAAGAAGCUGGAGGAACAAUACAAUGCUAUAGAGAUUCCUAAUGAGGAGAGUGUAGUCACCUAUUAUAAGAUUCGACAGCAACUGGCUAAACUGGGCAAGGAGAUUGAGGAGUAUAUUCACAAACCCAAGUACUGCUUACCGUUUCUUCAGCCUGGCAGACUGGUCAAGGUGAAAAAUGAAGAAUUAGAUUUUGGCUGGGGUGUGGUUGUGAACUUCUCAAAGAAGUCCAAUGUUAAGCCUGGCACAGGGGACCUGGACCCCCUGUAUGUGGUGGAGGUUCUCGUUCACUGCAGCAAAGAGAGCGUGAAGAACGCAGCCACGGAGGCAGCCAGACCUGUUGCCCCUGGGGAGAAAGGAGAAAUGCAGGUUGUCCCAGUAAUGUUACAUCUCAUCACCACCAUCAGUUCUGUGCGUUUGUUUAUCCCAAAAGACCUACGGCCAUACGACAACAGACAGAGCAUGCUCAAGUCCAUGCAUGAAGUGCAGAAACGUUUUCCUGACGGCAUUCCACUGCUGGACCCCAUCGAUGACAUGGGCAUAAAAGACCCUGGACUGAAGAAGGUCAUUCAGAAGGUGGAGGCCUUUGAACACAGGAUGUAUUCCCACCCUCUGCACACUGACCCCAGUCUAGAGGCUCUCUACACCCUCUGUGAGAAGAAAGCACUGAUCGCAAAUGACAUAAAGGCGGCCAAACGGGAGCUGAAGAGGGCUCGCACCGUUCUCCAGAUGGACGAGCUGAAGUGUAGGAAACGCGUGCUCCGCCGUCUGGGCUUCGCCACCUCAUCCGACGUCAUCGAGAUGAAGGGUCGCGUGGCCUGUGAGAUCAGCAGCGCGGACGAGCUGCUGCUGACGGAGAUGAUGUUCAACGGCCUCUUCAACGAACUGACAGCCGAACAGGCCACCGCACUCCUCAGCUGCUUCGUCUUCCAGGAAAACGCCAACGAGAUGCCCAAGCUGACGGAGCAGCUGGCAGGACCCCUGAGACAGAUGCAGGAGUGUGCAAAACGCAUUGCUAAGAUCUCUGCUGAGGCCAAACUGGAGGUAGAUGAGGAUGCCUAUCUGAACGCAUUUCGCCCUCACCUGAUGGAUGUGGUGUAUACUUGGGCUAAUGGCUCCACCUUUGCCCAGAUUUGCAAGAUGACCGAUGUGUUUGAAGGCAGCAUUAUUCGUUGCAUGAGGCGGUUGGAGGAGCUCCUCAGGCAAAUGUGUCAGGCAGCCAAGGCUAUUGGAAACACAGAACUGGAAAACAAGUUUGCAAAAGGUAUAACUGCGAUCAAGAGGGACAUUGUGUUUGCUGCCAGUCUUUACCUGUGAUAGACUAAAUAUGCUGAAGUUUCCAAGUUCCUGCUUCUUCUGAUUCUGAGUUCACCUUUUCAGUUUGUCAUACAUUAUACUAUCACGGACAAAACAGCACAGAGA